AUGGAACAAGAUAAGACUAGCAGUACCAGUACUCUAGCUAGCUACUGCCAUGGCUUCCAAGAAGCUCAUUGCCACCAUUUUGAUCUUCUCCCUUCUUUUUUCUCGACAUUUUCUGCUGCUUGCGGUCCUUGCCAACCUAAACCCAAGCCAAAGCCGUCUCCCCCACCAGCACCAACUUGUCCUACAGACACAUUGAAGUUAGGAGCUUGUGCUGAUCUCCUUGGACUUGUUAAUGUUGUUGUUGGAACUCCACCUUAUAGCAAGUGCUGUACUGUGCUUGAAGGCUUGGUUGACUUGGAGGCUGCCAUCUGUCUUUGCACUGCUAUUAAAGCAAAUGUGCUUGGAAUAAACUUGAAUGUGCCAGUUGCUCUGAGUACAAUUGUAAGUGCAUGUGGCAAAUCCAUCCCUCCUGACUUCAAAUGUAAAUGA